AUGAUUCAUCCCGGCCAGGCAGCACACAUAUUCACCUGCAAGGAAACUAAAAUGAGUAAACGAACAACCCAGUCCAGUAUGCCAAUUGGUCGACCACGUCUGCCAGGCACCGAGUUCGAGAGGGCUCAAGCACGUCGAGAAAAGGUCCGCGCAAAUGUUCAGGCCUUUCGAAAGAGACAGAAAGAAAAAAGAGUAUUGAAUCAGGCCGAGGACGGUGACGAGGAAAAUCUGGUCCUCCAGGUCCCUGACGACAAUGCUCAAGAUAGUGACCCCUUCCUCAGUUGCACCGACGAGUCUCCUGGGAGUACUUCUUCGACUCCAAACCCACCUAUAUAUCAGAAUCUUCCGGCCCCAAAGGACCAGAAUCGAGAAUCGUGGUUAUGGGCAAUCCCCUUUGAAAUGGGGGUUAACCUUGGCGACUCCUUCACCACAAGUACGUUGGCUGCGGCUCUCCAGUAUGAUUCCCUGGUGGCAGACAGUCCUUCAGCAAUCUUUGGCUCGGGCACCGAUAGCAAGAUCACUAUCAAGUGCGCAACGUGGACGGCGUCGACGUCGCUGGAGGGACAAAGUCAAGAGGCGGGGGUUUUGAUUGAGGCAGCCUUAGGUGCUGCUCUUGCCAUUGCUGGCCGGGAUGGAGAUAAUCAAGCCACGCCACUUUAUGCCACACAUGUGCAGAACAGAGCAUUGCGGCGGCUUCGAUGUUGCCUGCGUCAAUAUGAACAAGGGGAGUCGAGCGUCGAUGCAGUAUUACUGUCCUUAACUGCCCUUACCUGUGCCAUGUCCGAGCUGGCGGCAAACCGAUCCUGGGACAAUUUCAACCGUCAUCUUCUUGGGAUUGGUGCACUGAUCUCGCACAGCGGUCUCGCUAUGCUCAAGUCACCAGCGGGAUUGGAGAACUUCCAUGGCUACCGUGCUCUCCAAAUCCCCUUUCUCUUCAUGAAUCGUCACACUACCUUUCUCUCGAGCUCUGAAUGGAUGAGAUUCCCAUCCAGAGUGGCUAAAAGCACUACACGCGACCCUCUACAAUCAUUAGUCGACAUCGCAUUGGGCAUCUUACCGGACAUUGUCAAGCAAGACGUAGCCACGAAGCGCAAUUUGCCUCUUCUCUCAGAGAGGUUGCAACGAGCGAUGGAAGUGAUGGCAGAGUUGGACUCCUGGGAGAGGCGUCUCCGGAAACGACAUCAAACUGCGCUGUAUGUUGAAAGGCCAGCCAUCUGGAAAGGGUUGCAUGACCUUACAUUUGAGUUCGUGGUGCCAUCUUCGGCAAUUGCUUUUGCCAUGUACACAGCCCUCCGGAUCCACGUUGCGAGCUUCAUGGCAAACGUGUCUGAGGAGAUUCAUUCGCUCAAGCACGAAGCUUGGGUGGAUCCGAAUAUGGCAGUGCAGCAGGCCCUAUACUGGUCUCAUAUUGCCUGUCAGUGCAUCGAGUCCUUCCACGUCACUGCUGCCGAUUUUGGAGGUCGAGUUGUGAGCUUGUGGCCACUGGAGACAGCCUGGGAACUAUUCUCUCGACUGGGGACGGAAAAGUCAAUGGAUAUGUCCAAGGAGACUGCAUGGUGUCGAUCAGUUGCCGAGAGACUUGCUCUCCGUGGCAUUCCGCCAUAUCGAUGGAGAUAA